AUGCAGCGCGCUAUGUCGAUCGUAUCGUGCCUAGUGCUCUAUGUCCUAGCCGUCUCCGGCCAGGCAGCAGCGGCCAAGUGCGAUCCGCCCUGCACUCGCAACGGCGCUUGUGUAGACAGUCUGGUGUGCUACAACGCGGGGAAAUGCGUUCAGGACCCCAGCAAGCCUGACCAGGAGACCUGCGCCUGCGCCAAGGGCUGGACCGGUUCAACGUGCAAGGUGCCCCAGGUGAUCUGCGGCAACAGUACCCUCUCCUGCAUGAACGGCGGCCAGUGCCUGCUGGACGAGGCCGUCAACGAGUACUUCUGCAAGUGCCCGCCCAACCUGCGCGGCCGCCAGUGCCAGUUUGGCGUGAAUGAGUGCAAGGAGGGCAUGUUCUGCAUGAACAAUGGGAGGUGCCAGGACGAGGGCAACACCUGCCAGUGCCCCUCCGGCUUCUUUGGCAUUCACUGCCAGAACAACGAGAGGGACCCCUUUGCCGACCUCAUCCCCCGCAAGACGCUGCCCACCUACGCCAUCGCCCUCAUCGUCGUCGCCGCGCUCAUUGCUGUCGCGGCUAUCGGCAUGAUCGCGUUCCUGGUGGUCCGCGAGCGCCGCGGCCGCCCCUACUUCAAGAGUUGGCAGGAGGGCACCGGCUCUGGCCUGCAGGGCACGCUCUAA